AUGUCACAAGAGAUUAGUGGUAAUACCUAUGGUAAUUUAAAUGUUAGAUCAAGUUCUAACUGGGGACCAGGAACCAGUGUUGAAUUUUCUACUCUUGACUACAAUAAGGGAAAUGAUACUGCCGGUAUUGCUUCUGCCAGUUGGUGUGCCAGAGUCAACGAUACUAACCAAUGGGUCUCGUUGAGUGCCCUAGAACCAGUCGAGUUUGUCGGUGUCAAGACACAAGGACGUGGCGAUAACUAUGAUCAAUGGGUUACUAGCUACAGAAUUCGUUACACUCUUGAUGGAGCCACUUGGUUCGACGGUCCAACUUUCAAUGGUAACACCGAUAAGACAACUAUUGUUACCAACCGUUUCGCAACUCCAAUUGUUGCACGUACCAUUGCUAUCCAUCCAUUGACCUGGAACACCCACAUCUCAAUGAGAUUCGAUGCUAUUUUCAAGACAAUUGCUCGUGUCCAAGUUGGAACUGUUACCCAUUCUACUCCAAUAUCAUCGGAAGUAACCUAUCAAAUUGCAUUCCCACAAGCCUACCCAGUCGGUGUCAUUCCCCAAAUUAUCACUCAAAUCCAACAAGUAGAUACCAAUAAUAAUCAUUGUCUGAGUGUAUUUGUUGGUUCCAGAAACAUUACCAACACUGGUUUCUCUUUUGUAUUCCAAGGAAACGCUAACAGUCUAAUUAAUAGCAUUACCGGUACUUGGACUGCAGUGGCCGGACCAACUUACUUUUAA